AUGGCGGCCACGACCUCCAAUUACUUCCCUUUGGCGACCGAGACCUAUUAUCCUGAUGCCGCCGGCGAUGCGAGCGGCUCAAGCGGCGUUGAUAACGAUGCCGGUGCUGCUGGAGACAGCCCCGGCGCUGUCGGGCUUUCAUCCCAAGCCAUGAUUGCCAUCAUCGUGGUUGUUUCCAUCGUUGGUGCUCUCGGAAUCGGAAUGGCUGUGUUGUUUUACAUCGCCAAGAAGCGCGAGUGGAAGAUUAGGGAGACCAUGCGCAAGUCGGCCAGGAAAGUGGUUACCGCUCUCACGCCGCGGAGGACCGAGUUUCCCAAGUCAGUCAAGGAGUCGAACUCGCCACCACGCAGCCACCGCGGCCGCGCUAGACUUGACGAUGUGCCCCCAACGCCGAGGCUCCGUCCAGAGGACCUCGAGAAGGGACUGGUGCAGGCCGAGAAGAAGCGGAAGCUGAUGAGAUGGGGUCGGAAGUAA